CCUGUGGUGGUCACCCGCCAUGUGGCGCUGCGGCGGCCGGCUUCCCGGCUUCGUGAGGCGGCUGAGCGGCGGCCCUACGGUUGUCCUGCAGGAGCAUCUAACCUCGGUUCCUUUCCUCCCAUGGAGCAGUGCCAGCCCCCAAGCGCGGAAGAGGGACGCCACCGCCUGUGAGAGGGCACAGCAGUAUGAGGUGGGAGAGCGGAUCCAUGGGUUCACCGUGAGCCAGGUAACGGCCAUCCCUGAGCUGUCCCUGACUGCAGUGAAGCUCCACCAUGACGGCACAGGAGCAAAGUACUUGCACUUGGCCAGAGAAGACACCAACAACUUGUUCAGUGUGCAGUUCCGCACCACGCCCAGGGACAGCACCGGCGUCCCGCACGUGCUGGAGCACACUGUCCUGUGUGGCUCUCAGAAGUACCCGUGCAGAGACCCCUUCUUCAAGAUGCUCAAUCGGUCGCUGUCCACCUUCAUGAACGCCUUCACAGCUAGCGAUUAUACUCUGUACCCAUUUUCCACACAAAAUCCCAAGGACUUCCAGAAUCUCCUGUCUGUGUAUUUGGAUGCAACCUUUUUCCCAUGCUUACGGGAACUGGAUUUCUGGCAGGAAGGAUGGCGACUAGAACAUGAGAAUCCGAAAGACCCCCAGACACCCUUGACCUUUAAAGGAGUCGUCUUCAAUGAAAUGAAGGGAGUGUUUACGGACAACGAGAGGAUAUUCUCGCAGCACCUUCAGAACCGCCUCCUGCCCGACCACACGUACUCCGUGGUCUCCGGGGGUCACCCGCUGUGCAUCCCAGACCUCACGUGGGAGCAGCUCAAGCAGUUCCAUGCUACCCACUACCACCCCAGUAACGCCAGGUUCUUCACUUAUGGCAAUUUUCCAUUAGAGCAGCAUCUGAAACAAAUUCACGAAGAAGCACUGAGUAAAUUUGAGAAAAUUGAGCCAAAUACUGCGGUGCCAGCUCAGAAGCCUUGGGAUAAGCCAAGGGAAUUCCAUAUCACAUGUGGCCCGGACUCCCUGGCUGCGGGUUCCUCUGGACACACAACCAUCGGGGUCAGCUUCCUCUUACCAGACAUCACUGAUACGUUUGAAGCUUUCACGUUAAACCUUCUCUCUUCACUCUUGAUCAGUGGACCCAACUCCCCCUUCUACAAAGCAUUAAUUGAAUCUGGACUUGGCACAGACUUUUCUCCUGAUGUUGGAUACAACGGCUACACGCGGGAGGCCUACUUCAGCGUGGGCCUGCAGGGGAUCGUGGAGCAGGACACCCAGGCCGUCCGGGACAUCAUCGACAGGACGAUCGAGGAAGUCAUCGAGAAGGGGUUUGAAGAGGACCGCAUUGAGGCUCUCCUUCAUAAAAUUGAAAUACAGAUGAAGCAUCAGUCUGUCAGCUUCGGACUCAGCCUGACGUCUUACAUCGCCUCCUGCUGGAACCACGACGGGGACCCCGUGGAGCUCCUGCAGCUGGGGGGUCAGGUGGCUCGGCUCCGGCAGUGCCUCAAGGAGAACCCACGCUUCCUGCAAGAAAAAGUAAAACAGUACUUUAAGAACAACCCGCACAAGCUGACUUUGUCGAUGACGCCCGAUGACAAGUACCCUGAGAAACAAGCACAGAUGGAGACAGAAAAACUCAAGGAAAAGGUUGACUCUCUUUCCCCGAAAGACAAGCAGCAGAUCUAUGAAAAAGGCUUAGAGUUACAGACCCAGCAGAGCCAGCCGCAGGACGCCUCCUGUCUGCCAGCCCUGAAGGUGUCGGACAUCGAGCCCACCGUGCCGCUCACGGAGCUGGAGGUGGCCCUGGCAGCCGGCCAGACCCCUGUGCAGAUCUGCGCGCAGCCCACCAACGGCCUGGUGUACUUCCGGGCGUUCGUCAGCCUCCACACCCUCCCCGAGGAGGUCAGGCCCUACGUCCCGCUCUUCUGCAGGGUGCUCACCAAGCUGGGCUGCGGCCUCCUGGACUACAGGGAGCUGGCGCAGCUGAUGGAGCUGAAAACGGGGGGGAUGGCCGCGUCUCCCCACGUGCUGCCCGACGAGACGCAUCUGGACACCUACGAGCAGGGUGUGCUUUUUUCAUCUUUCUGCCUCGAGAGGAACCUGCCCGACAUGAUGCAUCUCUGGAGUGAAAUAUUCAGCAGCCCGUGCUUUGAGGAAGAGGAGCGCUUCAGGGUGCUGGUGAAGAUGUCCGCUCAGGAGCUCGCCAACGGGGUCCCCGACUCGGGCCAUCUCUAUGCGUCCCUUAGGGCGAGCAGGACCCUGACGCCCGUGGGGGACCUGCAGGAGACCUUCAGUGGGAUGGAUCAGGUGAGGCUGAUGAAGAGGAUCGCGGAAAUGACAGACGUCCGACCGGUGCUGAGAAAGCUCCCACAGGUCCAGGAACACGUGCUGCACCGUGACAACAUGAGGUGCUCUCUGAACGCUACGCCUCAGCAGAUGCCUCUGGCAGAAAAAGCAGUAGAAAAGUUCAUUAGAAACCUCGGUCAGAGUAAACCGGAACGGAAGCCGGUGUGCCCGUACGUGGUUGAGAAACCUGCACCCAGCGGAUCCAGUGGGCGCGCCCACGUUAGCGGCCCCCAGGUCAUAAGGAAGCUGAUCACAGAUCCCACCUUCAAGCCAUGCCAGAUGAAGACGCACUUCCUGCUCCCGUUCCCAGUGAACUAUGUGGGCGAAUGCAUCAGGACCGCCCCCUACGCAGACCCAGACCACGCCAGCCUUAAGAUCCUUGCACGUUUGAUGACUGCCAAAUUCCUGCACACGGAAAUUCGAGAGAAGGGCGGUGCUUAUGGUGGCGGCGCCAGACUCAGCCGCGACGGCGUGUUCACGCUGUACUCGUACCGGGAUCCACGUUCCGCAGAGACGCUGCGGUCUUUCUCGAAGGCCAUGGACUGGGCUAAGGCUGGGAGGUUCACAGAGCAAGACAUUGACGAAGCAAAGCUUUCCGUUUUCUCCGCCGUGGACGCCCCCGUGGCUCCUUCGGACAGAGGGCUGGACCACUUCCUGUGCGGCCUUUCGGACGAGAUGAAGCAGGUGCACCGGGAGCAGCUCUUCGCCGUCCGCCGUGAGGAUCUCAUCAAUGUGAGCAACAAGUACCUUGACACUGGGAAGAGCAUGCACGGGUUGGCUCUGCUGGGACCAGAGAACACGGAAAUCGCUAAGGACCCGUCGUGGGUGACCGGCGAGUAGUUCUGACCGCCCGGGAGUCUGACUGCUCAGAGGAACCUACAGGCGUGGGGCUCCUCAGCAUGAAGCCUGGGCGGGUUUCGUCUGAAAGGAGAGAAACCUUACUGUUUGCCCCACAUUUGGCUCAUGCCUGGCUCUUACGUGGCCGGUCAGCCCAAGCUGCUCUGUCUCGGAAGAGACGACCACGAAGAACUUGAAAUAAUCACAUAUUAAAUGCUAGAGUCACACAGACUAUAACUAAAGUUGACAUAAGUGCCAUUUAUCUUAAUUCUGGAGCAUUUAUUUAAAAACUUGGAAAUAAAAGACCACUCUGACCUGA